GGACUUCCGCUUCCUACCAACAAAGAGAAUAGUGUGCGUCGUUGUUGGAGGGAAAUUCAAUCACAAUAGUCGCGCAGCUUCUCGAAAGUUGUUAUUACGUGGAUAAAUCACUGGCUUUUAUAUUUUGAAACAGUACAUCUCUCCACGCGUUUAAGGGACAAAAUUAAGGAUAAUACACAUAAGCCGUUGGCUAACUGUAUUUAAAAUCGUAACGUUAGCUUGCUAGGUACGGGCACACUAAUAGCACUCUGUCGCUAUUUGUUUAGCAAGCUAGCUUCGAAAUUAUCAUAACUUGCAGCUCGGGUUUCGACCAUGGGCUAAUUCAGAAAAUGUUAAUAGCUAAUCUUUAAACGGAUAACGCUGGAUGGACGGUCAUGGAUCGAAAGACGACGAGGCUCGAAAGUCAACUGUGUAAAGCUGUGAAAGAUGGAGAACCUAGAUCUGUGCAGCUUCUUCUUUCACAAGGUGCACGUCCCGACCUGGUGGGCAGAAAAGGGGUUGCUGCGAUACACUUGGCUGUUGGCAAAGAGACUGAAAAGAACACACGCUGCUUGAAAAUGUUGCUUCAACAGGGAGCAGACCCCAAUAUCAGGUCAUCAGACGGCCUGACCCCUCUUCAUAUUGCUGCACUGUGGGGGUGCUAUCAAAAUCUGAAGCUGCUCUUGAUGAACGGAGGGAACCCAAACAGUAAAGAUAAUGAAGGGAAUACACCAGGCCAGCUCGCGGAGAAAGAAGAGAAUCGAAAAUGUGCCCAGCUCCUUCAGGAGUUUCAGAGCAGCUCAGUGGACACAGAGGAGGACCACUUACCUCAAUUCCAGUACUCUGUGUAUUCAGACCAAACUGACAUGUCCAGUUAUCCCGAAUCAGACUACAGCUUCAGUUCCCACUCUUCUAUGAUAAGUGACUUGGGUGAAGCCCCACUGAGUAGCACAAGGCGCUCAUCAUUUUUCAACAUGUCUAAUAUUAAUGGAAGGCCAAGUUUCAGAGCAAUCUCAUGUAACAGGCUUUCUUAUAUGGACGUUAAGAGGGAUCACUGGAACAAUUCCUCCUCACAUUUUGCAUCUGAAGGCCACUCCAUACUGUCAAGCACUCGCAUGUCUGCGUUGGGACCUGCAGUUGCGAUGCAGAUUCUUAACAAGGAUGAUGUGUGCACACAUGAUGAUGUACUCACAUCAAAAGUCAAUGAACAUGCUGCUGCAACUAAUGGCGCAACCUCUCCCUCUACAAGAGAAACUCCCCCAUCAUUUCCACCUAGGUGUGUGAGCCGCAAGAGUGUGAGCUUCAGAGAUGUAGAUGAAUAUUUCCCAGUUUUUAGUCCUGAAUCACCCAAACAGCAGCCUGCUGUUUAUGACAGCCAGUGCACCAGCAACUUACCUUUUGACCUGUCAGAGUAUUCUGAUUUCCUGGAUUCAGAACGCAUGGCUGCCGUUUUACACAGGCAGGGCAUCGACGUCACAUCUCCGGAUCACGUUUAUGUUUUUUGCAGGGAGAGUAGUGAAAGCACAGAAGAAGACAUGGAGAAAACAGUCAUCAGCCACUGUGCUUUAGAGGAGAGUGAUGAUGAAAGGGAAGGAGAACAUGUGAAAGAGGCUCAGGUAAAGAAACCAGAACAGCCAGCCUGCUUCCGUGUUGGCAGCAGCAGCAGUGGGACAGGUAGCAGUCGUUAUAGCAGCUGUGACAGCGACCAUUAUACCAGUGCUCUUGAUGUCUCUGUUCACCCCAAACAUCUUUUACUCCCUUCAGUAGAGGAGGUUUCUGUUGGGGCUGAAUCUGAGAAAAAGAUUCAGAUUUCGUCAGGUCCUGAUCUAAGGCAAGAUGAGAAUCUUCCACCCGUUCAAACUGAACUCCACGUAGAUUCAAAACCUGAAAUCAGAGAGCAUUUGCCGUGUGUACUUGAUAAGUUAAAACACCCACACAAUGAUGAAUUUAAAGCUUGUAGUGGUGCUGUUGUGGACUCUUCGAGUGAAGGUGGCAUUGAUAAGCCAGUGAAUGAUGCCACUGAAGCAUUACAGGACAACUUUGACCUUACAUUCACACCAAGUCCUUUUGUAACAGGCAGGACUCGCUCGAGGUUGAGUCGCUGCUCACUGAGAACAAGCAAAACGCCUGAGAGCUUGCUCUUCACGUCUUCUCUGUUUGAAGAAACCCUCCCUACACCAGUUCGGACACAUCGCCAGACACCCAGGUUACAGAGCAGUAACGACUAUCUCAGUUCGCCGCAUGUACCUUGUUAUACAUCUUAUUCAGGUAGUAGCACAGGAGGAGACUCCUUGCCUGCUGAUUGCCAGGACACACAGUCCAGCACCCUCAGAGCUAAUUCAAGUGUUAGUAAUAGCCAAGCUGACACUCUGAUUCUCUCCAAGAGCGUAACUGACUCUGUGGCUGAAUCACAGACUUUGUCUGGCACAAUCAUACUGGAGAAAAACCAGGACUCUUCAGUGGAUGCUUAUGAAAGAAAUCUUGCAGAGGUUAUUCUGGCUAUGCAAGGCCACGAUCUUGCUGAAAGCGGGGAUUUUCUCACUGAUGAUCUGACAACUACAGAUGAGUCAGCAACAAAGAGAAACGUGAAUGAUGCCCCUGGUAAGGACAAAGUAGACAACCUAAAAAAUGAAGAUGUGUGGAUCACUGAAGACUGUAGCUCUCAGGUAGACUCUGUGUCAUCUUCAUCCAGCUCCAGCUAUUUUUCCCCAAGGAGGUCCAGGGAGGACUCUGACCUACCUUCCACUCCAGGCACAGGAUGCACCCCCAGGUACAGCAUGAGUCGUCUGUCAAGCUGCUGCAGACCACAGCGCCUGGCUAAUCUGUCUUACACCCCCGGAGGGCGUCCGCUCAUUCAGGAUCUGGACGAACCAGUGGAGUAUCUCUACACUGAUAUGGAACAGGGCCACAAGCUGAUUGAGACCCACGUUCCACCUACAGCAAACACCUCACUCAGCUCCAGCAUGAGCACCAGCAGCAGUGAGGAAACCAUCCUUUACGACUGGAGAUCCAUGCAGAAUGACAUAAUGAAGAACAGAGAAAAGGAGAACCAGAAGCCCCCGAUGGCGUUACAGAAGGAGGAAAAUGAUGAGGAAAAUUUGUUGCCUGAGACCAAAGGGAUGACUGACAAGGAGCUCAGAAUAAGGCUAGUAGAGCUGGGGGAGAGCCCAGGGCCUAUCAGCAGUCGAACCAGGCCCACCUACAUGCGACGGUUGUGUCGUCUGUUGCAUUCUGAAUCAAACUCCCAAUCGCCACAUCACAGGAAGCAGUUAGACCAGCCACAGACAGAUUUGGGUUAUAGUCCAGAAAUGUGUCAGGCCUUGCGGACCUUCGAGCUGCCUGAUUGUCAGGCUGAUGAGCAGGCUUUGUGCCAGCAGUUCGACCAACCAGAUCAAAACAGAAAGUGGAGGGAGGGCGUCAUCAAGUCCAGCUUCAACUACCUGCUGCUCGACCCAAGAGUGACAAAAAACCUCCCAUUUCGCCGUCACACCAUGACUCCACAGGAGUGUUUCCAGACAUUUAUCCGCGCUGUAUUUUAUGUGGGCAAAGGAAAACGCUCCCGCCCCUACAGCCAUCUGUAUGAGGCUUUAGAGUACUACAAAGGAGACAAGACCUCCAAGAAAUUGUGCCCCAAAGUGCAGCAUAUCCUCCAGGUGUGGAACGCCGAGCAGGGUGUCAUCUCUCUGCAUUGUUUCCAAAAUGUCAUACCAGUGGAGGCUUACACGAGAGAGGCCUGCAUGGUGGAGGCCAUUGGGUUGAAAAUGCUCACCAAUCAGAAGCGAGGAGAUUUUUACGGCGUGGUGUCCAACUGGCAGAUGAAGAAGAAGCGGGAGCUGGGCAUCCACCUGCUCUACCGGGCCAUGCAGAUCUUUCUGGCUGAGGGUGAGAGACAGCUCAGACCAGCAGACAUUCGACAGUAGUGACCCCUGCUGGAGUAUAGUGUGAACUGCAGCAAAAUGCCCACGCACAGAGAGGGAAAUGCCACUGGUUCUGAGUACAAAGCUCUUCCUCUUUGAACAAUUUUUUUACAACAUUAAGAUCUCCUGAGGGCUUACCCAGAAUUACCUGUCUUUCUGCUAUAAAUGAUCUCUUCAUCCCACAGCAUAUAUAUACUUACAUAAUAUACAUAAUACAGUUUGUCCAACAUCUGACAUCCUCUGCUAAUAAUCUACAUCCUUUCUACAACUUGAACAAGAUCAUCUCUUUUGUUUUCCUUUUGAAAGUGUCUGCUUAAAGAUCCCACAUUUCAUUUGUGUUUAACAAAGACGCCCGAUUUUUGUUUUGCAAAAACUGGGCAGAAUCAGGUAGAAAUACAUAUAUUGUAUAUAAUGUCUUAUUUUGUUUUAUGUGGAUUGUAGAUGCAUUCACCCAUUACAUUGCUUUGAAUUAUCUGCCCAAGUAUGCCAAAAAUAAUGAGUCAUUCAAAAAAGGGUGAAAUAAUUUAAUUGGUAGCACAUGAACACUUUGGAUGUUAGCACACUGUUUGACAGUGAGUUUGUGUUCGUUCACAUCACUGGGUUACAGGUGUUAUCUGGUGUCACCCUCACAAUUUUAUUAGCUGGUAAAAUCAGCGAGUCUUUAUCAAGAUCUUAAUCAGUUAAAAAAAAUUCUUAAUUGAAGCCACCUUUUUCAUGAAAACAUGCCUCACAAUCUCCUUUCAUAGUCUUUACUUUAAUGUCCUACGCAAUAAGCUUCAAAACAUUUCAUUAUCCUUGCUUGGUAAAAUACUUGAUCAAUUAUCUUCAAGCUGCUCAUUUUAAUUUCACACAAAAAGCAUUAAUGCUAACAAAUGAAACCAUUUUUUAUUUUGGAGAUAUACUUUUUAAUGUCUCAGUUCUUAGGUUGAAAAAAAAAUCAAAGCAUGAGAUCGUUGUAAAGUCAUAUUAAAACACCUGGUCUAUAGAAUAAUAGAAUACGUUGAAAAUAAUUAUGUAGAAAAACAGUAAUACCAUUGUGAAACUGUUAAUACAAUGAUUAGAUGUGUUUUGAUAGCUCUUAAAAUAAAGCCCCUUCAUUGUGACCAUACAUGUAAUAA